AUGGAUGGCCAUAAGUACAGUUAUUCAAGGGAAUUUUAUGACCAGUAUGCUCAAAGCCAGGAAAAAUCUGUGGUCAAUAAAAUGCAGCAGAAAUAUUGGAAAACAAAACAAACCCUUAUUAAAGUCACAGGAAAGAAGGAAGAUGAACAUGUUGUGGCUUCAGAUGCAGACCUGGAUGCAAAACUAGAGCUGUUCCACUCGAUUCAGAGAACAUGUAUGGAGUUGCUUAAAGCAAUUGAACUCUAUCAAAAACGAAUUUGUUUUUUGUCUCAGGAAGAAAAUGAAUUGGGGAAAUUUCUUCGAUCACAGGGUUCUCAGGAUAAAACCAGAGCAGGAAAAAUGAUGCAGGCCACAGGAAAGGCCCUCUGCUUUUCUUCUCAGCAAAGGUUGGCAUUACGUACUCCUUUGUGCAGACUAUACCAAGAAGUGGAGACUUUUAGAUAUAGGGCUAUAUCAGAUACAUGGCUGACCGUAAACCGAAUGGAACAGUAUCGGACUGAAUACCGAGGAGCACUACUUUGGAUGAAAGAUGUCUCUCAAGAGCUGGAUCCGGAUCUUUACAAGCAGAUGGAGAAGUUUAGGAAGGUUCAAGCACAAGUACGUCAUGCAAAACUAAAUUUUGACAAAUUGAAGACUGAUGUGUGUCAGAAAGUGGAUCUUCUUGGAGCGAGUAGAUGUAACCUCCUGUCUCAUGUUUUAACAACAUAUCAGACAACGCUGCUUCAUUUUUGGGAAAAAACCUCACAUACCAUGGCAGCUAUCCAUGAAAGUUUCAAAGGUUAUCAGCCAUACGAAUUCACUAUGUUAAAGAGCUUACAAGAUCCUGUAAAUAAAUUAACCGAGAGAGCAGAAAAGGAGGAGGAUUUGCAGACUGCAAGCACCAAAUCAGUGGAGGAUCAGCAGAGUCAGUUGAUUUCACUAGAUGAGGAAAACCACAGCAAGGAACUGACCUAUUCAGCUGAAGAUGGGAAGGACAUCCUUUCUGCCUUAGGAGGAAGCUUUGACUAUAAAGAGAAUUCAGGUGCCAUAGAUGAUUUAUUAGACCUGAAACCUGAAGAAAGUGCUCUGAAAGACCAUUUUGCAAACUCCCUGGAGCCUGAGUCUGGUGAUAAGGAUGAUAUGGUAUUGUUGAAUGAGAUCCUCAAUGCUUCCUCGUUGGAUGAGGGGGAAUUCAGCAAAGAGUGGACAGCUGUCUUUGGAGAAGACCCACUCACUGACCUCUCCACUACCUCUUCAGUCGGAGAAAUGGAGAGCACUCCAUCAUCAGCGGCAGCACCAUCAGGCUUUCUUCCCUCACAGCUCUUAGACCAAAACAUGAACGAUUUACAGUCCUCUCUACAUGAACCUGCAAAGAAUCCUAAAGACCUGACUGCUUGGUUCAAUCUUUUUGCUGACCUUGACCCGUUAUCCAAUCCUGAUGCUGUUGGGAAAACAGAUAAAGAACAUGAAUUGCUCAAUGCAUGA